GCAGCCCCGGGGGUCAAGCCAAAAAAGAACAAGGGAACUAAAAAGACUAAAGGAUAAAGUCCAUUAACUCUCCAGCACCCAUUUGAACUUUGGACGAAGAAAAGAAAAGACUUCAGGCGGAGGAGGAGAAACGUACUGAAGAGAAGAAAGAGAGAGAUCUACAAAAGGCUAGGCUGGGGCAGAUUGUUCGGUGUAGUAUGAAAGCGGUGUGCGAAUUGGCGUUGGGGAGGAAAGUGGACCUGCCUGGUGAUGAAGAGACGGAGGUUUGUAAACUACGCAUUGCCAAGGAGUUGGAUGAACUAAAAGCUAAAUGUGGAAGUAGCACAGCCGUGUCCAAUCUUGAGUCUCUACGUAAAGAGGAGGAGGCCUUGAUAAAGAUGCAAGAUGUCAGGAACAAUGAGCAAAGGUUGUGCAAGGAGAUCAAGGAACUCAAGGCUAAGGUAAAUGACGGUCAUUCGGACAAGAACAGUGAUGAGGUUGUCGCUCUCAAACUGCAAGUUCGUGAACUAAAUGGCUUCCGAAGAGCCUUGGAGGAGAAGAACUGCGAGGUGGCGUCUCUUCGGAAGGAGAACACUCACCUCCGGAAUGACUUUAAGGAAUUAAAGGAGCAAGUUCUACUUCUGAAGAACCCAGGCAAACGGGGUGGUACUGGCGUGGUUGAGAAAAGUCCGCCAGAGGCACCAUCACGCGGGAAGAUGAGGCCCAAUGCUAUGUACACCCCAAAAGAUAUGGAGGGGCUCUACAAGGCAUACAAGGAAGCGCUGGAAGGCAAGGAGUUAGCCCUUAGAGAAGCCGACGCGCUGAAGGAUCGAUUAACCAAAGCGGGAGCUGCUAAAUACUGUAUGUUUGUUCGGAGAUCUGCUGUACGUAAGACCACCCCAAGAAAUCUCAAGACAGCAAUGAACGCUGUCGAGGUCGAAUCUGACGGAGACAAGGAGGCUGUCGGAACUGACGAAGAGAGAAGGAAGGUUGGUGGACCUACGAUCGUGGAUGCCGCUCACGAGUUAGAACAGGCGAUGUUGAGAAGCUUCAGGAGAAAAGGAUGAAAGAACUGAGAUCGGGGAAGAAGAGCGAGCUGGAGGAGAUAUGGGAAACUGAAGGAAUUACCUAUAUCAAGCUGGACCAAGCAAAACUG